AUGGCGCCAAUGAAAAACAAUAAUAAUAAUUUAAGUAGUAACUACGGCGAGGCGGUUUCUCAACAGGCAAAUGUCCUCGCCAGCUGCUACAUCGUGGACCCUUCAGCGUCGCUGAAGGGCUUGCACUACUGCACUACCGUUCCUAUCUCAGGACUGCCAUCACCUCCGACAAGUCCCCCUCUCGCGGCACUCACUUCUACGAACGAGCUCGCUCUGAAACCGAAAAAGCGCAGCUCCAAUAACGCAACUAGCCGCGGCCGCCGAGGGGGGGCAACGCUCCAGAUCAGGGAAGAAUGUGAGAGAUUCUUUUGCGAGACCAUGAAAACCGUGUUCCAGGUUGAGGGGAACAUGGCCAGUAAUGGCUCCGGCCUGGCUGGUGUUUACAUACCAAUGACACCGCCCGAUGAUUAUCCUACGCCUCCGUCUUCUUUCAAGAGCGACAGUCAACUCAAAUCUGCUGUCGAUGUGAUCGGAUGGAUGGAAUUUUGGGAUUACGUUGGAGGUGCAAGUUUCCGAGCAUUCAUAACCGAAGAUGGUGACGAUAAAACACUCUUCGCCUUUUUUGACAUUGGUCUCGUCGGUCGCGACUUGAAGCAAGCACUCAUCGCGCUGAUCGAAGUCGCCGACGUUCCACUUGGAUGUUCCCAAACCGUCAUCUGUUUGGACAGGCAGAUGCCACAAGAUGACACCAAAGCACUGAUGAAGAGUCUCCAGUGGGUUGGAUUCGAACUUGUCACGCUCGAUCACUGGGCCAAGGAAUUGGACGUCACCAGUGAUCGCUGGCUGUUCAUGGGGAUGGACAUUUGA